CAUCGUCCGCUCAGCAGCCACUACUGGUGAGCCCUAAUUCAUCUUCGAAUGCUGCAGGCUAAAGCCCCUCAACGUCCUGCAGUAGUGCCAUGGACCUUCCUGGACGCGCUGGAUACAAGCCCGACCCCAGCCUGCACUCCUUCCCCGCUCCCUUUCCACUACAACCAGAUGACGCAGAUGAUGAUGAGGAGGCCUUCCCCAUUUCUGGUACCAGCUGAAGAGAGUCGACAAAAGCAGCUUGCUGCUGGUGUGGCCACCCGAUCAUAUGCAGAUUGCCUUAAGGGCCCUUCGGUCACUGGAGAUAGAGAAGAGUUUGUGAAGCUGCCCUCCACACAAAUAGACUCAGAUGGUAUUCCCUUUGUUGAGUGGGAGGAGGAGAGUCUGCUGCUAGCAAACAGCAGAUACAGAUUUUCUUUGAUAGCACGAUUCGCGGUGGUAGGAGGCCUACUCUCAAGGAGAUUAGAGAGUGGUGCUCCAAGGCAUGGAGCUUGACUGGUAAGAUCUCUCUUUCUGCUCUAAGAAAAGGUUUGAUUUGGAUUCAUUUUGAAUGUGAAGAAGACAUGAACAAAGUCUUGGAGAAGGGGCAAUAUCGGGUAGGGAAGACCGCGAUGUUCUUGCAUCGAUGGUGCCCGGGGCUUGACUUGGAUGAGUUGCUCCUAUCGACAUGGGUGGUUUGGUACGAAAUGAGUGGAGUUCCUCUGGGACUCUACAAUGCUUGGGGGCUUAAAAGCUUAGUGGGAAUGGUGGGAAAAUUCAUAGCUUUUGUUUUGAUAAUCAAACAAGAGCACUCAGCCGCCCCAUAUCGGUCCGAGCAUGUUGCGAAAUCAAUGCUCGGAGAAAACUACCGGAAGAAAAAUGAAGGUGAAGCUGAAAUUGAGAGGGAAGGAGCAGGCCAUUCCCAUCUUAGUCGCUGCUUUCCUAUUGGUUUUCUUACUCUGAUCCCGAUGGUGUGAGAGUGGCUUUUGCCUAAGCUGCCUUUCAUAGCUUUCUUGAGGGGUGAAGAGCUCGGUAGCUAGGUCAAGGGGUUUUCCAACUCAAGAUCUUUUUCAUUCUACUCUAAAGACAGAAUCGAAUGAGAAACCUAAGGUCUACUGCUUCUCCUUGAGCUGCACGACACCGGUGCGGUGAUCUCUGACCACUAUAUGAUCAAUCAAAUGCGAAAAAGCUUUCUGAAGGUCAAUACACUAAUGGGUAGAGCAGGUUUCUCUUUUCGUCUCUAAUGUGCCUGCUUGCCUAAUCGAACGUGAUCCCUUCGUCCACUCAAUCCCCGGGCAUGGCUGACUUAUUGAUUGAACUAUCAGAAUGAGUCAGGUCAGCAAGGCACUGAUUGCACUCAUCGAAUGUGAUCUGAAAACGACUAAAAUCAAUAAAGGGUCGAAAGAAUA